GCAAGAGCCAGUGGCGCCGGGGUACUCGAGGCCUGGAGUGGCGCUCGCGACCCACCUCCGCCGCCUCGUCACCCACCAUUGGUUACCUGGCUUUCUAUGACACGCUUCCAUCGCAGGGUCCGAAGUAUGAGCACAGGUCGGGUCGGCGCUUCGGGUCAGGCAAUGCGCUGGAUGCCUAAGACAGCUCCUUAGGAGGCCCCGCCUUUCGGGCUGUGUCGCGGAAGCGCCGACCGACCUGGAAGGUCCCCGGGAGGCGGGACCUCCAAGAGGGUUCCGCGCUGAUCCCGGAUAGGGCUGGGUGGCUUCCCCUGCACCUGGAGCUGAGCCUGGGCUCCACCGCUCCUCUCGGCCCACGAGGGGAUGCAGCUACCGGAAGAAACCUGGUACCAUCAAGGACAAUUGCCUGCUUUUUAAAGGAGGUGAAUUAUACUUUAAUGUACUACAGGUUGUAUACUACGGAUGGGAACUAUUAAAGUUUAUAAUGUCAAAAACUUUUCUUAGACCAAAGGCAUCUUCCACAAAGAUAACAAACUGGGUAGACUCAUCAUUUGAUGAUUUUUCAGAGACGACAAGCAUCUCUACUAUUACUGCCACAUCACUAGGUGUGAAUAACUCAAGUCUUAGAAGAAAAAAGGUGCCUUCCACACUAGAAAGUAGCAAAUUUCCAGCUAGAAAAAGAGGAAACCUAUCUUCCUCAAAGCAGAUUUAUGGUCUAGAAAAUUCAAAAGAAUAUAUGUCAGAAAAUGAACCAUGGGUGGAUAAAUACAAACCAGAAACGCAGCAUGAACUUGCUGUGCAUAAAAAGAAAAUUGAAGAAGUUGAAACCUGGUUAAAAGCUGAAGUCUUAGAAAGGCAGCCAAAACAGGGUGGAUCUAUUUUAUUAAUAACAGGACCCCCUGGAUGUGGAAAAACAACAACUAUAAAAAUACUAUCAAAGGAGCUUGGUAUUCAAGUACAAGAGUGGAUUAAUCCAGUUUUACCACAAUUCCAAAAAGAUGAUUUUAAGGAGAUAUUUAAUCCUGAAUCAAGCUUCCACGUAUUUCCUUAUCAGUCUCAGAUAGCAGUUUUUAAAGAGUUUCUACUAAGAGCGACAAAAUAUAACAAACUACAAAUGCUUGGAGAUGAUCUGAGAACUGAUAAGAAGAUAAUUCUAGUUGAAGAUUUACCUAACCAGUUUUAUCGAGAUUCUCAUACUUUACAUGAAGUUCUGAGGAAGUAUAUGCAGAUUGGUCGAUGUCCUCUAAUAUUUAUAAUCUCUGACAGUCUCAGUGGAGGUAAUAAUCAAAGAUUACUGUUUCCCAAAGAAAUUCAGGAAGAGUGUGCUAUAUCAAAUAUUAGUUUCAACCCUGUAGCACCAACAAUUAUGAUGAAGUUUCUUAAUCGAAUAGUGACAAAAGAAGCUAAUAAGGAUGGAGGAAAGAUUGUUGUCCCUGAUAAAACUUCUCUGGAGUUGCUCUGUCAAGGAUGUUCUGGUGAUAUCAGAAGUGCAAUAAACAGCCUCCAGUUUUCUUCUUCAACAGGAAAGAACAAUUUAUGGCCAAGGAAAAAACGAAUGUCUUCAUUAAAAUCAGAUGCUGUGCUGUCAAAAUCAAAAGGAAGACAAAAACCUGAUAGAAUAUUUGAAAAUCAAGAGGUCCAAGCUAUUGGUGGCAAAGAUGUUUCUCUUUUUCUCUUCAGAGCUUUGGGGAAAAUACUAUAUUGUAAACGAGCACCUGUAACAGAAUUAGUCUCACCUCGAUUGCCGUCUCAUUUAUCAGAGUAUGAGCGGGAUACAUUGCUUGUUCAACCUGAGGAAGUAGUAGAAAUGUCACACAUGCCAGGAGAAUUAUUUAAUUUAUAUCUUCACCAGAACUACGUAGACUUCUUCACGGAAGUGGAUGAUCUUGUGAGAGCCAGUGAAUUUCUGAGUUUUGCAGAUAUCCUCAGUGGUGACUGGAAUAUGCGCUCUUUACUCAGGGAAUAUAGUACGUCUAUAGCUACAAGAGGUGUGAUACAUUCCAACAAAGCCCGAGGAUUUGCUCAUUGCCAAGGAGGAGGAUCAAGUUUUCGACCCUUGCAUAAACCCCAAUGGUUUCUAAUAAAUAAAAAGUAUCGGGAAAAUUGCCUGGCAGCAAAAGCACUUUUUUCUGACUUCUGCUUACCAGCUUUAUGCCUCCAAACUCAGCUGUUGCCAUACCUUGCUUUGCUAACCAUUCCAAUGAGAAAUCAAGCUCAGAUUUCUUUUAUCCAGGAUAUUGGAAGACUUCCUCUGAAGCGACACUUUGGAAGAUUGAAAAUGGAAACCCUGACUGACAGGGAGCAUGGAAUGAUAGACCUGGACAGUGGAGAUGAAGCCCAGCUUAAUGGAGGGCAACCUGCAGCGGAAGCGCUGCGUGAACGCACUCAAACAGCUGAACCUGAAACCUGGUCUCUUCCUUUGAGUCAGGAUAGUGGGAGUGAACUGCCUGCCAGCCAGCCUCAGCCCUUUUCAGCCCAGAGAGACAUGGAAGAAGAAGACAUGAUAAUAGAAGACUAUGAGAGUGAUGAGACAUAGAAAGCAGCCUGCCUGCCCAUGAGAUUGUUACUUGACAGAUUCAUAUUCGUUUUAUUCAGUGGUACUUGAACAGAGAUAAUAGACUUUUCAGGUGAAUUAGUUAAUUCUUCACUCUUGUAGUAUUUCAGCACAGAGAACUGAUUUCUGUCAUGUUGAAGUAAACAGAAGAUCAAACCUUCAAAUAAUCUCAAUCUUUUUCUCUAGUAUUUAUUUAGUCUUGUGAGUGGUGUUGGGAGAGGCCAGUGUGUAUGAAGUGUGUUUGAACAUUAUGCCAAAUAUCAGAAAAUGUGAAGGAAUAAUUCAGAAUACAGAAACUCUGUGGGUUGUAAAUAAGAAUUAUAAAACAGUUUAGGAUGCAAUUAAGAGUGUAAAUAAACUUUGUGCCUUAUUCACAAUUUCUCUCUGGUCUCUAGCUUCUUCAGAUACCAUUUUUAUAUGUUGUACAGUGGAAUAUUUUAGAUUCUGGAAACUAUUUACAUAAUUUAUAUCAAAAUUAAAAUGUUGAAUUUG